AUGUGCCUGUGUCCUCUCUCUCUCUCUCCCUCUCUGUCUGUCUCGCUGUGUGUGUGUGUGGCAAUACGGCUCCGUGGUGAUGCUGCGCGGGUGGUGCUGUGGCGGCGGCGGGGGCAACAGGUCGUUGUGGGAUAUGGCCGCGCGGGAUGUAUCUACAUCGGCCUCUGGUUGGUUGCGAUACCUCGUAUAUUGCUCAGGUAUUGCGGACGUGUGCGCAUUGCUCCUGGGUGCGGUGAUGGUUAUGGAGGCGAGGCAGUUAAUUUUCCAGCUAAAACUGAAUCAAGCAGAAGAAGUUCGGCAUCAGGCCCUAGCACCUUAGUCACGCUUGAGGAGGUGCAGCUCGCAGCCCAGCGACGAGGCCUGCACGUGGGCGUGAAGGAGUUUGGUCUAUUCUAUCGUGUUGUAUGUCGCGAUGGCGGCGAAGAUGGGCGAAUACUCGGCGUGACCAACGGCUUUGUGGCUCCAUGGUUUGGCAUCAUGCACUGCGACACCCUACAGAUCUUCACGCGUGGUCUUAAAGGUGACACAGGGCAGCGCAUCCGCGGCGGCACGCUGGGGCUGGGCCUGCUGCUAGGCGGCGCCACUUUCGCGCACGGCUUCCGCCGCGGCUGCCGUACAGCGGAGAUCCUCGCCAUCAACGAUGAUGACGACUGGCACGAGCGGCUCGUCAAGUACUACUCAUACUUUGGUUUCCGGCCGGUUUGCCGAGUGGGGGGUAACGGACUGGCAGACGUACCGCACAUGCUGGUGUGGGGUGGGGAGGGCACCCGCAUGGACGCGGACAUAGGGGCCAUGCUGCGAAGCACGCUCAGCCAAGCAAAGCAAAAGCGCAACUCUAUGUUUACGGUUGUGUGGAUCUGGUUCUGA